AGACAUAAAUAAAAUAAAAAAUGAAUCUUCUUCUGUAAAUGAACGACCAACUACAUAUAGUGUGGAAACAUCUUGCUAUAUGUGAAUACUAGCAGCUCUAUUUUAACAGGUGCUAACAGUCUUUUCUAAGCAACAACACCAAACAGUGUUAGUGUAAGGAUUUUCAAUAGGAUUAAUUACGUUUAUUUACAGGGAGCGAUUUAAGUGGACUGCAGAAAAGGGGUGUUGCACACUGAAGUAUUUAGAUUGAGCUACCUGUUCCACGGUUUGAGACCGACUGCAGGCAAUUCACCGAGUCAUUAUUUAAAUGCCCUACUCCAAAGCUUGGGGGCUCAGUCUUCAGAGGGAGCGAGACGGAGACAGAAGGAUAGAUUCUCAAACCUGAUGUUGAGAGACGCUGUCCUCUAUUUGAUCGUCACUGAUUAGAGCGGAUUAUGAACGCUUUUGGACAGCAGCCAUCCAACCCACAAUCUACCCCUCUCCAGCAUCACAACGCACAAGAACUCCUGGAGAUGGCUGUUUACUGCGACAACUUCAGCAUGUACCAGCAAAACCUGCAUCACCAUCACCAUCCCCAGAGACCAUCGACGCAUCAAUCCGGUUACGGGCUGGGCGAUUAUACCUCGCCAACGACCAAUCCCUAUCUCUGGCUCAACGGCACGGGCAUUAACUCGUCUCCCUACUUGCCUGGGACGAACGGGGCUUCUUACAUGGCCUCAAGUUAUGGAGCAAAUCAAAGACAGUUUCUAGCGUCGCAGACCGGGUUUGGAGGUGCUGAUCUUGGCUGGCUGUCCCUCUCUAGCCAGCAAGAACUUUUUAAGAUGGUCAGACCACCAUAUUCCUACUCGGCUCUCAUUGCGAUGUCGAUCCAGACAGCCCAAGAUAAGAAAUUAACCCUCAGCCAGAUCUAUCAAUAUGUGGCUGAGAACUUUCCAUUCUACAAGAAGAGCAAAGCCGGUUGGCAAAACUCUAUAAGGCACAACCUGUCUCUGAACGACUGCUUUAAGAAAGUAGCAAGAGACGAGGACGACCCUGGUAAAGGAAACUACUGGACCCUCGAUCCCAACUGCGAAAAGAUGUUUGACAAUGGGAAUUUCAGAAGGAAGAGAAAGAGGAGAGCAGAUGCCAACGGAUCCAGCUCCAAUGUCUCGUCCGAUAAACCCGAAGACAGCGGCAGUGCACUUAAAACUUUGGAUACAGCCAGCCUCCUUGGUUCAGCCUCUGCUGAGCUGCAACACUCUCCGGGUUCAGGGAGCGAACCCAAAUCUUCCCCGUCACCGGCAAUCGAACCCAGUCCUUGUUUCAACAAUUAUGUCAACAGCAUGGCUUCAAUGAGUGCUGUGAACAACGGAAUCAAUAGCAGACAAUUUUCAGUGGGGCUUUUAGGGGACUCGGCUCAAAGCAGAGAGAACCUGUCAGGACUCGAUUCAUACUCACCAACUCACAGCACGCUACUUAACAUUGAUGCCAACCAUCAAAGCCACAACCGUCUGAACUACUAUCCACUGAGCCAAAGCAGUGACACGAAUGGCCCCCUAACGAAUCACUUUACUGUCAACAAUUUCAUUUACAGUCGUGAAGGAACUGAAGUUUAACAUCAUAUAUGUACACAUUAUGGGCAAUACAUACAAUCAAGCCAAGGUGCAUUACUAAAAACAAAGUAAUUCUGUAUAGUUUGCAUUCUGGAGACAGUGCCUUAACAUAUAUAUAUGUAGAGACUAAUAUUAAUCGAGACCAAAAAAAUCACAAAACUAAAUAACAGUGACGCAUCAUUGGCCAUAGUAAAGCCUAUUAAUGUUUCAACGGGACAUAACUUUGUGCCUUUAGGUAUUUCACUAUUUCUUUAGCAUUGCACUGGUCUAAACUUGGGGUUUGCCUUAAAAUGUUCAAAUUAGAAAACUAGUCAUCUAUGCAGCAAUGUAACACACUGUAUAGAAGAUUUACAGUGCCUUAGAAUGUGCUUCUGUUAUACAUGUAGCUGUAUUUGAAUGGUUGUAUUUAAAUAUCCUGAACGCAUUUCGUGUUUUAUUA